AUGGGGACCAUCGACUUUGGUUACCAUUUAGAAGCAUGUUUUGUUCUGACUAGAACCUACCUGCCUUCUCUAAGGAUAUAUACUGGCAGAGGUGGGCAUAUUUCUUAUAAGUUUCUUGAGGUUGAUCUGGACUCCCUUCUCAAGAUGGAAGAGAAAUCUCCUUCUGGAAAUUUGGAAGUUUUCAAAAGAGACUAUGGGAAGAUUGUAGAGUACCUCAAAACUCCUCUUAGCAAAUACCAACACAAUGCACUUCACACUCUGCUGCAGGUUUAUGAUCCUCCCUUGCGAUGCUUCACUUUCCCAAACUAUCAGUUGGCACUGACCUUGGAAGAGUAUUCAUGUAUUAUGGGAAUUCCCAUUAAGCUUCAAGUUCCUUUUCACGUGUCUAUGGAAGUUCAUGAUUCUGAACAUAUUGCUGGUACCCUUUAUUUAGGCAAGUCUGUGGUGGAUGCUCAUCUCAAAACAAAAGGAGGGCUCUCUGAUUUUGAUCUGAGUUUUCUUUUAGAAACUUUGGGUGCUUUGGCUAAAGAAGAUAAUUGGAAGGAUUUCAACACUGUUUUGGCUUGCAGUAUCUAUGGUAUUGUCUUGUUUCCCAAUGUGGUUGAUUUUGUUGAUAUGAACGCCAUUCAUAUCUUCAUGAUUGGGAACCCAAUACCAAUGCUUUUGGGGGAUGUAUAUUCUUCUAGUCAUUCCAGGAAUCACAAGAGGAGAAAUGGCUUAGUGUGGUGUUGCACUCGUCUUUUGUAUCAUUGGUUUCGAAGCCAUCUCUCAUGCAAAGGAACGUUUGUAUAUACCAAGGAGACCUUGAAGUGGUCCAAGAGGUUAACGAGGCUUACUUCCAAAGAUUUGGUGUGGUAUAACUUGAGAUUGGAUAGGAUGGAGAAACCUGAAGUGAUUAUGAGUUGUGGAGAGUUUCAUAAUGUACCCUUCAUGGGCAUUAUGGGAGGUAUAAACUAUAAUCCUAUGCUUUCUCAGAGAUAA